AUGAGAAAAUGAAUAAGUGACGCACACAAAUUUAUUCACUUUCCCAAGGUUCGCUUCGACCUUAGACCAACGCCUUGAUUUUUUGCUUGGUCUGCAAAUCUUUACUGGUUUUUUCUUUAAUAUUUUAAGAAACUCGAUUAGAAAUACGUCAUGAAGGGAUUACACUAUUUCCUUGGCGUGAUUCUCAUAAUCACUGCAAAUAUAGGAAUCAUUCGGGGUCAGACCGGACUCCAAGUCGAUUUUGAGAGUGGUUAUCCCCUCCCUGCUGACGGGAUUGAUAAGGGAAGCUCUUCCAUCCUCCAGAGUUCAGCGGUGGGACCCUUAGAUGACCAAACCUUGGAAUGGCGUCUUCCCAGGGACAUCAUGCCUGAAGAAUAUGACCUCACAAUCACUCCCAUUUUAGACGAAGAUGUUCCAGGCCUAGGAGGCCCCUUUACAGCUCCGGGAGAAGUAACAAUCGCCCUUAAUGUCCUAAAGGACACAGAUAAAAUUACACUUCAUUUGGCCAGCACAGCCUUUAUUACACUAACUAGUUACGAGGUCAUUGAGACCGAGACUGGCACCAACCUCACCGUGUUGAGCACCACUGAAGAUGUCCUUUACCAAUUCAAAACCUUUAAUAUGCAAGCCCCACUUGUCAAUGGGACAGCGUACCACAUCAGAAUGACUUUCAUAGCAAUAAUUACAAACGGACUGGAUGGACUCUACAGGAGUGCGUAUGUUGAUCCGUAUACGAAUACGACAAAGUACAUUGCCACAACUCAAAUGGAGGCCUUACAUGCCAGACAGAUGUUCCCCUGUUUCGACGAACCUGCAUUUAAAGCCAAAUUUUUCAUUACCAUUGGGCGAAGAACAGGGAACAUUGCCCUUACAACGACACAAUCAUUAAGAAAUCGAACAAUGGCCGGAUUUCCAGGAUGGCAAUGGGAGGAGUUUGCCCCAACUGGAAUAAAAAUGCCCACAUAUCUUUUGGCCUUGAUCGUCUCAGAAUUUACUUAUGAAGAAGCUCCUUCCAAUAUUUUCAGCAAAGUGGUUCGAACCUAUGCCCCAGCACAUUACAUUGAUCAAGAUGGUGGAGUUUAUGCUGCUCAGAAAGCUGCCGAAAUUUUAAGCUUUUUCGAAUCGUACUACGUUGAAAAGUAUCCUCUCGGAAAAAUGGAUAGCGCAGCCGUUCCCAGUUUUUUCUUUGGGGCAAUGGAAAACUACGGGCUAAACAUCUACAGGGAAAGUGCACUCUUGUACAUUCCUGCCGAAUCCACAGAGACGGAAAGGUAUUCAAUUACUCGGAUUUUGGCUCACGAACUUGGUCAUCAAUGGUUUGGCAAUGCAAUUUCGCCUCGCUGGUGGACUCACAUCUGGCUUAAUGAAGGCUUUGCCACUUACGUUGCUCAACAAGGAGGGGACGUAGUGGCACCGGAAUUCAAAGCGUCGGAACGCUGGCAAAAUGAUGCCGUACAAAAUUCAAUGCAAUUUGAUGCUAGAUCAGAUUACAGCCACUCUGUUAAAAUUGACGACAAUGCUUGGAUCACUGCGGGGGCCAUGACUUGGUUUGAUAGAAUGGCGUAUGAGAAAGCAGGAUCUCUGAUUCGCAUGAUGAAAGGAUUCUUGGGAGAAGAAACUCUCAGAAACGGUCUUCUCAAAUAUCUAAAGGAUAUGCAAUUCCAAGCUGCCAUCCAGGACGAUCUUUUCGAACGUUUAACCGAAGCUGCCAAAAACGAUUCUAAGCUUCCGAGGGACUUGACCAUGGGGGACAUCAUGAACACGUGGACCCUUCAACCCGGAUUUCCUCUACUCAGAGUUAGCGUUUCUGAUGCCUCAGGCGUCCUUAUUUCACAGGAAAGAUUCUUGAACAACGAAGUACAAGUUGAAGGUCACAUCAAUCAAGAUACCGGCUUGUGGCAUAUUCCGAUGGCGAUCGCUACAAGAAGUCAGCCCAACCCCAAUGGGACAGUAGGAUCGUGGCUACACAACGACGUGGCCAUGCAAUAUUUUCUGACAAAUACUUCAGAAUGGUUUGUCGUAAACGCUGGAGGAAAUGGUUUCUACAGAGUGCUUUACGACGCUCCCUUGACGCAAUUAAUACAGUCAGAAUUGUUGACCAAUCAUGACUUUAUUACUUCCCGAACGAGGAGUCAACUUUUGGAUGAUUACUUCAACGCAGCAUGGCAAAAACAUAUUAACAUCGCGACUGCUCUUGGUCUUAUGGAGUAUCUUGGAAAUGAACGAGAAGUAGUUGUUUGGAACACGGUUCUCACUAAUUUGAGGAAGCCAUUCAAUCUUUUAUCCAGCACGGGGUUCUGGUACACCUCGCUCAGGUUUUUCUUGCUACCACGCCUUCAAAGUGCAGUGAGCUUAACUGGCGGAGUUAAUAACACUGCCCUUCCCGAUGUAAACGGAGGAAUGCCGGUCAUACGCAAUUUGCAGUUUUUGGACUGGUUGUGUGGAUUUGAAGAUCCAGAAUGUAUCAGUUAUUCAACUCGAUUGGUGACAGCUUGGGCUGCAAAUCCUUCAGAAAAUCCCAUUCGACGAGACAUCAAACCGGUCGUUUACUGCGCCGCUGUUGCCGGUGGUGGGGACACUGCUUUCAAUUUUAUUCAUUCGCAGUACAUCUUGCGAAACAUUACUGUCAAGCAGCAAGGAACUCUGCUUAAUGCACUCGCAUGCACGAAGGAAUUACCUUUAAUAGCCCGGCUUUUGGAGGAAACACUACUCGAUACUGGAUUUUAUAACCAAAGUGCUCAUGUCACCGUCAUUCUGUCACAACUUGCCAGGAACCCCCUUGCUAGAGCUCCAUUGGUCAACUUUUUAAGGGAAAGUGCGACCACCGUAGAAAGUGUGGCGGCUCUAGGUGCGAGUAACGUUAUCACAGCUUUGGCAACGUACACCGGCACCCAGAUUGCAUUGGAUGAUAUCAAGGCCUAUAUCGAUGAGGUCACUCCAGCGGUUCCAAACUUUCCUGUGGCCACUCGAGCUGCGGUAACAACGAUUGAACAAAAUAUUGCGUGGGUGGCUGAUUUCGCAGCCCCCAUGAGUUCGUUUUUCGAGAAAUAAACCUAAUGUUAUGUUAUUAUUGAAAUGCAAUAUUUAAUAAACAUGAAGACUAGAGUA